CUUGUUUUAGGUUAGUUAGAAUUACACAAAUUAUUUCUAUUUGCUAAAUGCCAGAAAACUUGGUGUCUUCUGGGUGUGGCCUUAAAUUACAUCCACAGGUUUGCCUCCAAUUAACUGAAAUAUGUCUAUUAAGUUUGUGGAAGGAAAUCAAAAAAGGUUUGACCCAGAUCAUACAGCUUUGAUACUGAUCAAAUGUGUGUAAACAAGAACAUCUAAAAAAAAAAAAGUUCUAAGUUUUCUUGCUUUUAGCAAAUAGAAAUAAUUUUGGUAAUUCUAACUAACCUAAAGUCUGCAAUGGACUGCCGAAAUGUCUCGCUGGAGAUAGGCACCAGCAUCGCCAACCCCACCACAGACAAGGAUGGAUGGAUGGAUGGAUGGAUGGAUGGAUGGAUGGAUGGAUGGAUGGAUGGAUGGAUGGAUGGAUGGAUCUAACCUAAAGUAAGAAAAGUAGGGUCUGAUUUAACUUUAACUUGAACUCGCACAGUAAGAAAAAAGUAUGUCUUCUUAUUAGAUAUAUGUAAAUAUCUCAUUUCAACUGUACAUCUGAAGAAAAAAAAAAGAAAGAAAAAAGAGAAUAACGGGAAAAAUUAUAUGCGGCAUGUUGUGUGGGUCUAUUAAAUAAAAUAUGAAUACGGUAUAAUUGUGGCAGAAUGCGAAAAAGUUCUGGGUUGUGAAAACCUGUGUCACUGCACAGGAAAACAUUCACAUAUUUUAUGCUAAUGUCUUUAUGCAUUAGAUAGUUAUAAUAAUAGAUCUAUAAAUGCUUUAAAUGAUUAGUGCAUGCAAAAUAUAUUUAAAGUAAAGUAAGGUAAGAACUUGAGAUUACCUCAGUCAUAUUCACUGUUUGCUAACACAUAUAAGUUGAUUAGUCAUUCGAUAAUAGCAAUUUUUCCGACGGUUCUUGAAAGCAGCAGGAGGAGUGAUUCACAAACUGGCCGUACGUAAACACUCCUGCGCUGAGCUCGCUGCUUACCCACGAUGCAGCGCGGUUCCACACAACAUAGCCAUCUUGUCAGGAGAGAGGGAGGGGGCUGUCGGCGCUGUUAAGAUUAUCACUUGUUUCAAGCGGAACGUUUUGAGGUCUGUUCGCUCUUCCACUAUAGAUAGUAACAAAGUAAAGUGUUCUCGACGGACGUCUUGACGCCAGUGAAGUAGCUGAGACGUAGGUGCGCUUUCGUGAAGAUGUCUCGUAUACUUGUACCGACGUAGAGGGGGAGUGUGCGGCGGCAGCCACUUGGCUUGAAUUGUUAGCUAGCUCACUGAGUGAAGGGCUGCGGGGCCUCCUUAGCUCAAAGUAGCUCCUGCAGCUGGGCAACACUCUGCGACAACGGCCGGCCGACGAGUGGACAGCCGGGGAAGUAGCAGGCCGGUCCGGGCUGACUUUAAAUUCUGUACCAGUCGUCGUCCAAGCAGCUUUCGGCGGUGUCAGGACCCCUACUGCUGGACAAGGAGACGCGGAGUUUGGCGUUCAGCUUCAUGAAACGCAACAGGAGACCGAGAGAGGAAGAGGAUGGCGCAGAUUCAUCUUGAUUACAGCUAAAUAGGAAGAGGAAAACCAGACCCGAGUGUUGGAAAUAAGACGGAAAGCUUCCACCAGCUCGCUUCUUUUUGAAGGGAGGAGCAAAAACAAACAAAAAAAAACCCAGCCAUACGGGACCCGGAAUCCGACUGGCCAACAUGUCGAAGAUGCCGGCCAAGAAGAAGAGCUGCUUUCAGAUCACAAGCGUGACUCAGGCCCAGGUAGCGGCCGUGGGGGCCGCCGACGACACCGAGAGUCUAGACGACCCGGACGAGUCGAGAACUGAGGACAUGUCGUCGGAAAUAUACGACGUGUCGCGAGCUGAGUACGAGCCCGCGUGCGAGAGGAGUUCCUCCGACGAAGCUCUGAAUAACGUCGGAGAGGCGGAGGCGCCAGCAAACGCCCCUCAGGCCACUCCGCCGCCUGGGCCGGGAGGUAACACGACCGAACUGAGAAAGGUUGUAGGCUCCGGUUCGGUUCAUGGCGGUCAGAACCAGCUGGGGAUUACCCUGACACCUGGGUUACCCCCCAUGACUCCGCCUGGAGGGGUCCAGCAUCAGCUGCCUGCUAUAGCCAGCCCCAGCGUGUCAGCCAACACCUCCCAGCCUGCUGCAGGGUCCAGCUCUGCCACCUCCACGGUGAGCUGCUCAUCACGCUUCCGGGUCAUCAAACUGGAUCAUGGUACCGGAGAACCGUUCCGGAGAGGCAGGUGGACAUGUACAGAGUUCUACGAGAAGGACACGGGGACUGACAACAUAAGACACGGCAGUGUAACCCUGGACCCUGCUGCAGAGAGGGACAGCGGGCUUGGACCUUCAGUGGGGUCCACAGUGUCCCCGGCUACUCACUCUGGUCCCGGUUUGGGGUCCAUGGCGGAAGGGUCUCAAUCUUCGCUACCGCCGCAGGUUCUACAUCAGAGCUACAGCAGCCAGCAGCAUGCAGGCAGCACUUCAGCCACACACACUUCCUUCUCCAGUGUGAAACCCGUAACCCUUCCUUCUCAGUCAUCCAUAGGAGGUCUUCAGCCUCAUGCGGCUCAGAGCGUGCUUCCCGUCGGACAGAACGGUCUGCCCCACUCUGAGAUCCACAUACAAAAAUCCCCAAUGAUGCCUCCUCCUUACGUGCCCCAGCAGUCGGUUCCCGGAGUCCACCUGAUCACCAGCCAGUCGUCUGGACUGGCACAGCACCAGACAGAGUAUUACCCGCAGCCUCAGCCUGCGUCCAUACCUGCAGGACUUCCUGGGGGACAACAGGCUCUUCCGGUGUCGAGCCUCUCUGCUGCAACCGGCGGACACAUCCCGACUCCAGCUUCUGGAGUGAGUCAGGCUGGAGAUGUCGGCGCAGCGGUGGCGGGGGCUGUAUCUGCCGGACCACCAGCGCCUCAGACUGUAGGGUUCGGAGUCCCCGUGGGGCCCAUUUUGCUCCCGCUUCAGACUGCGAGUCAGUACGCCCCAGCCGUACAACCUCAGCCCAUGGGCCACCCCGCGGCUACCGGUGUGCAAAACGUGCCUGCAGUUGGAGUGGGUUCCAGUGCACCCGCGGGCGCUGCCGCCGCCGUCGCCGCUGCUGCUGCUGCUGCCGCCGCUGUGCUCAGUGCCUCCAGUGCAACCAUGCCAAAUGCUACGACUUCCAGCUUGCCUCCUGGUUUGAUAGCCCACGCCAAGACUCCAGGGAUACUGGGGGUGCAGGGCCUCCCCGCCACCGGGUUUGGACAGGUGGAGGCAAGCGGAAGGAAGUCAGAGGGAGCGGCACAGUCUCCGGUUGUGUCUGGGAGGGACGUCGGGAAGCCCUUCAUGCCUGAGACCCUGCAGCUCUCCACUCCUACUGUCACAAGCCUGUUUGGAAUCCUACCUGUCGACGGGGAGGAGGACAGGAACCCCUCCACGGCUUUCUACCAGGCCUUCCAUGUUGGAAGCAGAUUAAGAGACUCAAAGGCUCACAGCGAUAGUGCCUCUGGAACCAACAUUGUUGCCAUUGAUAAUAAAAUUGAACAGGCAAUGGACCUGGUGAAAAGCCAUCUGAUGUAUGCAGUGCGUGAGGAGGUGGAGGUGUUAAAGGAGCAGAUCAAGGAGCUGUUUGAGAGGAACUCUGUGCUGGAGCGGGAGAACGCCGUGCUCAAGUCUCUGGCUAACAGCGAGCAGCUGUCUCAGCUAACGGCUCAGACCGGCGGCGCCUCGGCCGUCGCUGUCGCUGCCACUGCAGCCGCCACCGCCGCCACCCCCGGGUCCACCUCCGCCCCCAGCCUCCAGCAGCUCCACCCCAAACCCCAGCAGCUCCAGCCUCAGCAGCCCCAGCCUCAGCAGCCCCAGACUCAGCUCGACGCUGGCCAACAACCGCAGCCCAACGUCACCUCCGCUUGAAGUGCGUCUGCCCUGCUUCGCACAGGGCAGAAACAAAGUAUCUCCUUGUACAACUUAAUAUAAUUAGUAUAUGUGAAAUUAAAACGAAAGAAACUGUCUUUAGCCACCAGCUUGACCACAAAGUACAGUGCUUAUGUGUGUGUGUGUGUGCGCGCGCAAGCACGCGCGUGUGUGUACGUGUGUUAGCACGCUAGCAAGCGAGACUGUGAACUGGUUUUGAAAUGUAUGCGCGUGUCUGUACUGUGGGCCUUUCCAGUGUUAAUGCAAUCAUCAAAGGGUGUGUGUGUUUGAGACGGAGAGAGAGAGAGAGGCGCUAACCGGAAGUGUGAGAGGGGCUCGUGGCAAGCAGGCUGGAGCGGCUUCAGAACCAACCCAAACAGCACCGCCUGACCUGAAACGCACUCAAAGGGGUUCACCGGCGAAAAAGAGACAGACAGGAAGUAGAAAAAAGUGCUUAUUUUUUUAAACGAGACAGAGUCGGGAGAGGUUAGCUGCUCAAUGUCAGGAUCCAAGAACUGGGAGAGUCUUUAUUUUGUUUCUGUCGGAGCGCCGACACUGCUGCCGUCACCUUGCAUCAAGUCCAACUUUCGCAUCAGUCCUCCUGAGUUCUACUGUUGUUAGUGUUUAUUUAUUACAGGGCUGCUAUUUCCACAAAAUGAACAAUUCCACGAAACCUGUUAAAUAGUAGCCCGGUGACUCUUUUUCUUCUUCUUCUAUUGUUUUACAGUGUUUAAACAGCUCAGCCUCUUCCCAGGCUGCCCUCUGUGAAGACAAAUAAAAUGUAGGCAAAAUAAAAUGAAAAUUCUGACAAAUGUUUAACACUAACUCAGAUAUCACGCUGCAAUUGCCAAUUCAUAGCUUGAGCUCAAUUGAAUGUACAUUUUUGUAUAGUAUAAAGUAUUAUUCGCCUUGAUGGGCGACAGCACCUGUCGACGUCAGAUGUUAAUAUAAGCCAGCAAAGGGGGGAGGAGUUGAAGAAAACCCACUUAUUUGAUCUUAAAGUGAAUUUAAGAGUAUUACCAUGCCCCCCCUCUUUACUUUCAGUUUUAGCUCCACUGGUUUUCCUGUGGGAAGUGGGGCCAACGGAGGGAGGGAGGGGGAAGAAGCUGUGAAAUCAUCCAACAUACUUCAACUUACGUCAACCAAAGAUUAAAAGCUGUGUAAAUCGAUUUCUUUUGAGAUGCACACGAUUUUUUUUUUUUACUUCCUCCGACACAAAAAUAGUUUCGUUGCUGUUCAGCAUGUUCUGCAUGAUCUGUAACCUUCAAACCACUUUCUUACCUCAUUUUUAUUCAGCACUCUUGUAAGAUAGUCUGAACAGUGUAAAUGAUUUGGGGGGGGGUGAGGGGAGGGGGUUUCUGUUGCCGAGCAGCGAGUUGAAAAUAAAACCUAGUGUUGCCGACACUAGUCGCAGACAAAAUGAAGUGAGCCAUGUUUUUGUUCAGUUAAAUGGUGUUUGAAUUUCAUAUGCCAAUAGUUUUGUUACUUUGCAAAAUUUUAUUGUAUUUAAAUAAAAGCAAUAUUCCGAUUCCAA